CGGGGUUGGUAAUACAUUGUGGCCAGUGUCCACCGACUGGCACCUUGGACCAUCAUACUUCCUCUCCUUUGAUCACCUUCCCCGGCCCCAACUCUCCUCGCCUCUGGACCUGCCCCCGCAGGCGACACAAAAGUGCGUAUAUUUGACUGAAAAUUUUGAGACUCGAUGACCAUCACUACCAACCAUGACUGAAGAAAUCAACAUAGACAACGCCACUUUGGAGCAGUUGAGAGACGUCUUGACCAACAAGAGCGGAGACGUUAAGUUGGCCAACAGAUUCAGAGCUUUGUUCAACUUGAAGUGUAUUGGAGCCGAGUCCCCAGACCAAACCGAAGUCCACAAGGCCAUCGAGUACAUAGCUGAAUGUUUCAAGGAUGACUCCGAGUUGUUGAAGCACGAAGUGGCCUACGUUUUGGGCCAAACCCACAACUUGCACGCUGCGCCUUACUUGAGAGAAGUGUUGAAGAACGACUCCCAACAGUGCAUGGUCAGACACGAAGCCGCUGAAGCCUUGGGUGCCUUGGGUGACAAGGAGUCAUUGGACUUGCUCGAAGACUACUGGAAGAACGACCCAUUGUUGGAAAUCAGACAAACCUGUGAGUUGGCCAUUGAAAGAAUCAAGUGGGAAAACUCGGAAAAGGCCAAGACUGAAAUCUUGGAAAAGUCCGCCUACACUUCCAUCGACCCCGCCCCUCCAAUGGCUACCGAUAAGGAGUCUAAGGUCGAGAAGUUGCAGUACAUCUUGAACAACCAAGACGAGCCAUUGUUCGAAAGAUACAGAGCCAUGUUCAGAUUGAGAGACUUGGGAACCGAUGAAGCCUGUUUGGCUUUAGCCACCGGUUUCUCUGAUCCUUCUGCUUUGUUCAAGCACGAAAUUGCCUACGUCUUUGGUCAAUUGUGUAACCCAGUCACUGUUCCUUCCUUAAUCAAGGUGUUGAAGGACAGCUCGGAAGCCGGUAUGGUUAGACAUGAGGCUGCCGAAGCUUUGGGAUCCAUUGCUACUGACGAAUGUUUGCCAGUCUUGCAGUCAUUCCUCAACGACAAGGAUGAAGUGGUGAGAGAUUCUGCUAUUGUUGCAUUGGAUAUGUACGAGUAUGAAAAUUCCAAUGAGUUGGAAUACGCCACCGUGAACUAAGGGUAUUUAAACUAGAGGGUCUAGUCUACAACUGUAUAAUAAGUGUUAUUGUGUAUGCAGGAAAUAAUGUACAAUCGAAGUAAAAUGUGUCUAGUUAUUGGUUCUGAAACGGUAUCCACAGGACGUACAUGUGUAGAACACGGUAGCACCUUCAUCCGCAGACCGCAAUUGCAAGGUAUGGUAUUGCAUUUCUUCGUUUCCACAUUUGGGACAUUUUUCUUUGAUGGUGGCACCUUCGUCCAACUCGUCCUUCUUCAAGGAGGUCUUGACCACGGAACGGUCUGAUCUAAGCUUGGAAGGGAAUGCAUCGUCUGAAGAAGUCGUCACCACCUUCAAGUCGCUGAACUUGGACUUUGGAUAUGAGGCAGUGCACAAACCACACUGUAUAGUAGAUUUGGAGCUGGUGGUAUUCAAGAGGUUACCACAGUAUGUACAGAAGAUUAACGAGCCAACAACGGAC